AUGCCCGCGUUCGCCUUCGCUCCUACCCGCAUCGUGGCCGGUGUCCGGACUGCGCCCGUGAGGGCUCAGCGCCGUGCCCCCGCGCUGCGCGCUGCGGCCCCGCGCCUGACGUUCAAGUCGUCGGUCGCCUCGUUCGACUACUCGAUCUCGCUCAACACCCGCGUCGCGCGCAAGGGCGUGCUCGUGCAGGCCGCUGCCAACAAGGCCUCGGUCGGCGACCUCUCCAAGGCUGACCUCGAGGGCAAGCGCGUGUUCGUGCGUGCCGACCUCAACGUGCCGCUGGACGGCGACCAGAAGAUCACGGACGACACCCGUAUCCGCGCCGCGGUGCCCACGCUCAAGUACCUCGUCGAGAACGGCGCCAAGGUCCUCCUGACGUCGCACCUCGGCCGCCCGAAGGACGGCCCCGAGGACAAGUUCCGUCUGACGCCCGUCGUGCCUCGCCUCGCCGAGCUCCUCGGCACCCCGGUGAAGAAGGUCGACGACUGCAUCGGCCCGGACGUCGAGGCCGCGGUCGGCGCGAUGAACAACGGCGAGGUGCUGAUCCUCGAGAACGUGCGCUUCUACAAGGAGGAGACCAAGAACGUGCCCGAGUUCGCCGAGAAGCUGGCGGCGAACGCCGACCUGUUCGUGAACGACGCGUUCGGCACGGCGCACCGCGCGCACGCCUCGACGGAGGGCGUGACCAAGUACCUGAAGCCCUCGGUGGCGGGCUUCCUGCUCCAGAAGGAGCUCGACUACCUGGCGGGCGCCGUGACGGACCCGGCGCGUCCGUUCUGCGCGAUCGUCGGCGGCUCCAAGGUGUCGUCGAAGAUCGGCGUCAUCGAGUCGAUGCUCGAGAAGUGCGACAAGAUCAUCAUCGGCGGCGGCAUGGUCUUCACCUUCCUCAAGGCGCGCGGCCUGAACGUCGGCGCCUCGCUCGUCGAGGAGGACAAGCUGGACCUCGCCAAGGAGCUCGAGGAGAAGGCCGCGGCCAAGGGCGUCAAGCUGCUGCUGCCCACGGACGUGGUCGUGGCCGACAAGUUCGCGCCGGAUGCCAACACGCAGACGGUGGGCGUCGACGCCAUCCCCGACGGCUGGAUGGGCCUGGACAACGGCCCGGCCACGACCGAGCUGUUCGUCAAGGAGCUCUCGGAGUGCAAGACGGUCGUGUGGAACGGCCCCAUGGGUGUGUUUGAGUUCGACGCAUUCGCGGCGGGCACCAUCGCCAUCGCCAACUGCCUGGCGGAGCUGACGCCCAAGGGCUGCACGACCAUCAUCGGUGGCGGUGACUCCGUGGCCGCCGUCGAGAAGGCCGGCGUCGCCGAGAAGAUGUCGCACAUCUCCACGGGCGGCGGUGCGUCGCUGGAGCUGCUGGAGGGCAAGGUGCUGCCGGGCGUGGCCGCGCUGAACGACAAGUAA